GCUCUGCUAUCUGGAUGUUCUGCUGGAGGACUUGCCGUGAUUUUACGGUGUGAUGACUUUGGGAAUAUGUUUACUCUUUCCACUAAAGUGAAAUGUCUAAGUGAUGCUGGCUUUUUCCUUGACGCGAUCGAUGUGUCUGGAGGUCGAUCUCUUAGACGUUUAUAUGCUGGUGUGGUAAAGUUACACAAUCUUGAAACGAAGCUCCCCAGAUACUGUUUAAACCGUCUUAAUCCAACUUCGUGUUUCUUCCCACAAAAUCUAAUAAACCAAAUCAAGACUCCAUUGUUUAUUCUAAAUGCUGCAUAUGAUUCAUGGCAGAUCCAAGAGAGUUUAGCUCCUAAAUCUGCAGAUCCAAGUGGACGUUGGAAUGACUGUAGACUUAACUACGCCAAGUGCAAUGCAUCUCAGAUCCAAUUCUUGCAAGGUUUCAGGACUCGUAUGGUGAAUUUGGUGAAGAGUUUCGCAAACACGAGUAAGAAUGGAGUGUUUCUUAACUCCUGCUUUGCUCAUUGCCAAACAGAGAGGUAUGACACAUGGUACUCCAAAAACUCUCCUGCGGUUAAGAACAAGCUUUGGUUUUUCGGUUCAUAA